AUGGAUUCCGACGAGAUUGUGCCAGAUUAUCCUCAAAAUGUGGACGAAGAUCUUGAUGAAAAGUAUCCGAAUCGGCCCCAUAACCGUGCCCCAACGCUCCCAUUUCACGAGCUGUAUCUCAAGCUGUUCAACCCUCUCAGUGAAAUCAAGAAGAAACCUGCACUCUCAAAUCUAGCCCGUCGAAAGGCUGGGCCCCAUGGGAAAGGAGCAGCGGGCCUCAGUCCGCACGAGCUUCGCCGUGAUAUUAUCGUUCGCUUCAUCGAACGCUGGCGUAAAGAUGUCGGCGACGACAUUUACCCCGCAAUCCGACUCAUUCUGCCAGAGAAAGACCGAGAUCGUGGAAUGUAUGGCAUGAAAGAAAAGGUCAUCGGGAAAAUGCUGGUGCAGAUCAUGAAGAUCAACAAGGAAUCAGAAGACGGCCAGAAUCUUCUUAAUUGGAAGUUACCAGGCCAGUCAUCUGGGCGCAUGGCGGGAGACUUUGCCGGGCGGUGUUAUGAGGUUCUGGCAAAGCGGCCACUACGGACAGAGCCAGGCGACAUGACUAUCGAGGAGGUUAAUGAAAAGCUGGACAAGCUCUCAAUCGCCUCGAAAGAAGAUGAGCAAAUGCCUAUUCUAACAGAGUUCUACAAAAAGAUGAAUCCGGAAGAGCUUACAUGGCUUAUUCGCAUCAUUCUGCGACAGAUGAAGGUUGGAGCCACGGAGCGCACCCUGUUUAGAGCAUGGCACUCAGAUGCUGAGAGCUUAUACAACAUUUCCAGCAGCCUGAGGCGUGUAUGCUGGGAGUUGCAUGAUCAGAAUAUCAGACUAGAGGGAGAUGAUUGUGGUAUCGCUCUGAUGCAAUGUUUCCAGCCUCAGCUUGCCCAAUUUCAAAUGCACUCGUUUGACAAGAUGAUUGCGCGGAUGCAGCCAACCGAGGAGGAUCAAGUCUUCUGGAUCGAGGAGAAGAUGGAUGGUGAACGCAUGCAGCUCCAUAUGGCGCCUGAUGACUCUAUCCCUGGAGGUCGUAAAUUUAUAUUUUGGUCCCGCAAAGCCAAAGAUUAUACCUAUCUCUACGGGAAUGGCCUCCAUGAUGAAAAUGGUGCGCUCACGCGAUAUUUGAAGGAUGCAUUUUCGACUGGAGUGCGAAGUGUUAUUCUUGACGGAGAGAUGGUUAUUUGGGAUCCUGAGCAAAACGCUCUCGCCCCAUUUGGUACUCUGAAGACCGCGGCGAUAUCUGAACAACGCAAUCCCUUUUCGAAAGGGCCGCGACCCUUGUUCCGUAUUUUUGAUAUCCUGCACCUAAAUGGCGCAGAUCUGACCAAAUACACUCUUCGCGACCGUCGCAAUGCAUUGCAAAAAGCCAUUCAGCCAGUUCAUCGUCGGUUCGAGAUUCUGCCUUACGAAGAAGCGACCACGGCAGCGGAGGUAGAAGCGUGUCUGCGCAAGGUCGUUGCAGAGGCGUCGGAAGGUCUUGUUCUCAAGAACCCUCGAUCACCCUAUCGUCUCAACGAGCGUCAUGACGACUGGAUGAAGGUGAAGCCAGAUUACAUGACCGAAUUCGGCGAAUCUCUUGACCUUAUCGUGGUCGGAGGUUAUUAUGGCCAAGGUCACCGAGGUGGCUUUCUAGCGAGUUUUCUCUGCGCCUUGCGUGUGGACGAGAAUCAAUCUUCACAGAAUGCGGAUUUCCCAAAAUUCCGGUCAUUUUGCAAGGUUGGAGGAGGAUUUACUGCUGCUGACUAUCAGGAGGUCCGCCACCUUACAGAUGGAAAAUGGAACAAAUGGGACCCCAAAAAGCCACCGACUAAUUUGAUAGAGCUGGCCGGGGGUGAUUCCCAGCACGAACGACCUGAUAUGUGGAUCAAACCAAGCGAUUCUAUUGUUGUUUGCGUGAAAGCAGCCUCUGUCACUGCAAGCGACUCGUUUCACAUGGGGCAGACACUGCGUUUCCCACGCUUCAAGAGCCUCCGUAAGGACAAGGACUGGAAAACCGCUCUGUCGGUCCAGGAAUUUUUGAAUCUCAGAGCGAAUGCGGAGCAGGAGAAGCAGGAGAAGCAAUUUGAUGUGGACAACUCUCGCAAAAAGCGUCUUAAGCGGACAACGAAAAAGCCAUUGAAGAUUGCAGGGUAUGACGGAGACAGCAAUGUACAAUACUCAGGUCCCUCGGGCCAUAUGUUUGACAACUUGAACUUCUUUGUGAUGACCGAAUCAACUUUCCCCGAAAAGAAGUCCAAGGCGGAGUUGGAACAAUUGAUCAAAGCCAACGGAGGCAAAAUCUACCAAACUAACACUGCCGCUUUAGAUACAAUCUGCAUUGCAGAAAGAAGAACGGUCAAGGUGGCAUCUUUGCAGAAAGUCGGCGAUACCAACAUUAUCAGACCAUCCUGGUUAAUUGACUGCGUGAAGCAGAAUGUCAAAGAUGUUGGACUGCCAGAUUUGAUUCUUCCCUUCGAGCCAAGGCAUAUAUUCUUUAUCAUGGAAGAUCGGGAUGAAGAUUUCAACAUCAAUGCGGAUCGUUUUGGUGACAGUUAUGCCCGUGACACCAGUAUCGAAGAGCUCCAGGAGAUUCUUAAGAAAAUGGGAAUCGUCAAACAAGAAGCGCCUGCUGUACUCGAUGCAUCCACAUCACAAAGAAUCGAGGCUCGAAUCCAAGAAAAGGUCAACUCUGGGUACACAGCACCUUGCGGGUGGCUUUUCCGUGGUCUAUCGUUUUUUUUCUUCUCGCCUGGCAAUCAAGCAAAUGGGGAGGAGAAGGGUAAUACAACACUCGACCUACAUCUCAACCUCUUACAAAAUACCGCUCGAUUUGCGGGAGCUAACAGCGCCACCUCCCUGGAAGCCCCCGGAAUCACCCAUAUCAUUGUCAACUCAGAUACCGUUUCCUCGGCGGAUGUCGCUUCUUUGCGACGGUCGAUGGCUGCUCUGCCGGGUCGGAAAGUGCCGCAUCUAGUCUCUUCCAAGUGGGUUGAGGAGAGCUGGAAAAAUGGUACACUAUUAAACGAAGAGCGUAAGUGA